AUGGGUCAUCAACCUUACCAAGAGAGGGUUGAAGUUUUUUGUGAAUUCCAUCCAGAGAUUCCACGUAGGCAGCUAGCCUAUGAGGAUAACAUGAGUGAGGUUGAGGAAGAUGCUGAAGCCAUACUCCAGAAUAAUCGAAGGGUUACCAAGGGGAACAGAACUGACAGACAUUCGUAUAAAGAUGGACCUGCCCAG